GUUAUCAACGAGCUUAAAAGCUUUAAGAAAUUAACGGAUUAGUAUAGAUAAUUCGACCGAAGAGAAACCCAGAAAGAAAGAGGCACCGAAGAACACUAAUUCAGAGAAUCAAAGAAACCGCUUAAAGAUGGUGAGUGAAGGAGCAACAAGAAAGGAACUUAACCUAUGCUUCGAGAAGAUGAAGAUGGAAGGAAUCGUGAUCUCUGAGUGGAAAGAUAUCCCCGUGGAGCUUCUUAUGAGGAUCCUAAACCUUGUAGAUGAUCGGACGGUGAUCAUUGCUUCUUGUAUUUGUAGUGGUUGGAGAGAUGCUAUUUCCCUUGGCCUCACUCGUCUCUCCCUCUCUUGGUGCAAGAAGAAUAUGAAUAGUUUGGUUCUUUCUCUUGCUCCCAAAUUCGUUAAGCUUCAGACUUUAGUACUGCGACAAGACAAACCGCAGCUUGAGGAUAGCGCGGUGGAAGCCAUAGCAAAUCACUGUCAUGAGCUACAAGAUUUGGACUUAAGCAAAAGCUUGAAACUUACUGACCAUUCCCUAUAUUCUUUGGCUCGUGGUUGUACUAACCUCACUAAGCUCAACCUUAGUGCCUGCACUUCGUUCAGCGACACUGCUCUCGCGCAUUUGACAAGAUUUUGCAGGAAGCUCAAAAUUCUGAAUCUUUGUGGUUGUGUUGAAGCUGUGUCUGACAAUACAUUGCAGGCUAUUGGAGAAAACUGCAAUCAGUUGCAGUCACUAAACUUGGGAUGGUGUGAGAAUAUAAGUGAUGAUGGAGUUAUGAGUUUAGCUUAUGGUUGUCCUGAUUUAAGAACCCUUGAUCUUUGUGGCUGUGUUUUAAUUACAGAUGAGAGUGUUGUGGCUUUGGCGAAUCGGUGUAUACACUUGAGGUCAUUGGGAUUAUACUACUGCAGAAACAUUACCGACAGAGCGAUGUACUCUCUAGCUCAGAGCGGAGUCAAGAACAAGCACGAGAUGUGGCGAGCGGUAAAGAAAGGCAAAUUCGAUGAAGAAGGACUAAGAAGCCUUAACAUUAGCCAAUGCACUUACCUAACACCUUCAGCGGUUCAAGCGGUCUGCGAUACAUUCCCUGCACUCCACACUUGCUCAGGCAGGCAUUCUCUUGUCAUGAGCGGUUGUCUGAAUCUACAAUCUGUUCAUUGUGCUUGUAUCCUUCAGGCUCACCGCACCCACACCGCUUUCCCUCACCCGGCUCAUUGAACCGGUGUGUGUGAGCCAGAGUGUCUUCUCUUUGGUAUGUGUGUACAUACAUAUAAGCAUAUGGUCUAAAUAAAGCUUCUUUGAGUUUCUUCUUUGUCUUUGAUACAAUCUCAAGAUUUUUAACAUUAUCUAUUAUGGAAAAUCUUGUAAUGAUUUGCGAAAUAAUUAUUUCUAACAAUU